AUGUCCACAGCUGUCGUGACGGACCGCUUCAAGCUGAUAUUCUUCGUGCCUCACCCGCAACUCGAAACGUGCAAAGAAGCCGUCUUCGCCACCGGUGCAGGGACGUUUCCUGGUGGGAAAUACUCGAAGACUUGCUUUCAGACACCUGGAACAGGACAGUUCUUGCCGGGAGACGGCGCGAAUCCCAACAUUGGCGCCGUGGGGGCACUGGAGUUCGUGGACGAGAUGAAGGUUGAGAUUCUGUGCGUGGGAAGACAGACCAUGCUUGACGCGGUCAAGGCUCUUGUCAAGGCUCAUCCUUAUGAAGAGCCAGCGUAUGAGGUUUAUAAGUUGGAAGAUGUGUGA